AAGAAUGAGAAAUGUAGACAUCAAAUCGCGCGCUUGCUAAGGGGAAACUCUGCGCACGAGGAAUAGGAGAAAUAGCAUAAUCGUUUAUUAAUAUAGUAAUACUAAUUUAUCGGACCGGUCGGGAAUGUGUUUUUAUUUUCGUCUGUUGUAAAGACACACACACAAAAAGGAUUUGCAAAAUCAAAGACAAGCAACAAUAAUUUUUAUUUUUCUAUUUUGACGUCUCGCGAUUAAAAAGUUGUCAAAAUGGACCCGUUGUUAUAUUUGGGUGGGUUAAUUGUUCUGUUUUUAAUAUGGAUAAAAGUGAAGGGCUUGGAGUACGUGAUAGUACACCAGAGAUGGAUCUUCGUUUGCCUCUUUCUCCUACCUUUAUCCGUCAUCUUUGAUGUGUACUAUUACCUGCGCGCGUGGAUGAUCUUCAAGAUGUGCUCAGCGCCCAAGCAGCACGACCGGCGGGUCAGAGACAUUCAGAGACAGGUACGAGAAUGGAGAAAAGAGGGAGGGAAGAAACAUAUGUGCACAGGUCGCCCUGGAUGGCUGACUGUGUCUCUCAGGGUGGGAAAAUACAAGAAGACCCACAAGAACAUCAUGAUUAACAUGAUGGACAUCCUGGAGGUGGACACAAAGCGACAGGUGGUCCGUGUGGAACCUUUAGCUAACAUGGGUCAGGUGACUGCGCUACUCAACUCUAUUGGAUGGACAUUGCCUGUGUUGCCUGAGCUUGAUGACCUUACAAUAGGUGGGCUAGUUAUGGGAACAGGCAUUGAAUCUUCAUCUCAUAUCUAUGGCCUGUUUCAGCACAUUUGUGUGGCCUAUGAGCUGGUGUUGGCUGAUGGAAGUCUAGUCCGUUGCAAUGAGAAAGAAAACCCUGACCUGUUCUAUGCGGUUCCCUGGUCCUGUGGCACUCUGGGGUUCCUGGUGGCAGCAGAGAUCCGGAUCAUUCCAGCUCGGAAAUGGGUGAAGCUACGCUAUGAACCCAUAAGGGGCUUGGAUGCUAUCUGCAAGAGGUUUGCAGAGGAAUCAGUCAAUAAGGAGAACCAGUUUGUGGAGGGACUGCAGUACUCUCGGGACGAGGCCGUGAUCAUGACUGGCACAAUGACGGAUGAUGCAGAGCCUGGCAAGACCAACUGUAUAGGUUACUAUUACAAGCCAUGGUUCUUCAAACAUGUGGAGGGGUUCCUCAAGGAGAACCGUGCUGCAGUGGAGUACAUUCCUCUCAGACACUACUACCACAGACACACCCGCAGUAUCUUCUGGGAAUUGCAGGACAUCAUUCCAUUUGGGAAUAAUCCAUUGUUUAGGUAUGUUUUUGGCUGGAUGGUUCCUCCAAAGAUCUCCCUGCUGAAGCUCACUCAAGGAGAGACCAUCCGCAAACUGUAUGAGCAGCACCAUGUAGUGCAGGACAUGCUGGUCCCUAUGAAGCACAUCAAGACCGCCAUCCUACGCUUCCAUGAUGACAUACAUGUGUAUCCUCUUUGGCUGUGUCCCUUCGUUCUGCCCAACCAGCCGGGAAUGGUGCAUCCUAAAGGAGAUAAAGAUGAAUUGUACGUCGAUAUCGGAGCAUAUGGGGAGCCCAAAGUCAAACAUUUUGAGGCCAAAGCUUCCACACGCCAGCUGGAGAAGUUUGUCAGAGAAGUUCAUGGAUUCCAGAUGCUUUACGCUGAUGUGUACAUGGAACGACAGGAAUUCUGGGAGAUGUUCGAUGGCACAUUAUAUCAUAAACUCCGACAGCAACUUGACUGUAAAAAUGCAUUUCCUGAAGUCUAUGACAAGAUUUGCAAGUCUUCAAGACACUGAAUUCAGAACAUGUGAGCAAUAGAAUAAUUAAAAUAACUUUACAAGCCUUAAAUUGGUGCAGAUGCACAUUUUGGCCAAAACCAAUACUUCAACUGAAAAUCAGCCCCCUUGUCAUAUACCUGUAUUUGAGAUAUAUGACAGAGUUAACCAAAACUAAAGGCCCAGGUUAUUGUUAAGGUGAUUAAUACAUGAUUGAAUAAACAUUGUAUAAUGCUGAAAAGAUCAGUAGUUUAUGUACAGUCAAAUAUGAAUAUAAAUAUCAGUAUAUAUGAAUUAAAGUUUUAUGAUGUGUAACUAUUUUAAUCUGUGUUAACUAAUUUGUUAAGCAUUACACAGGAUAACAUGAUUAUUUUUGUUAAUGUUAUUAAUAAAAGUUGAUGGUUACACAUUAUUAUUUAAAACAAUUAUUUUCAACAAUCUUUAGAAGUAAAAAAAGAAAGUUGUUCUCUAUUUUCCUAUAUUGUGAAUGUUGCCUACCUCGCAUUUGAGUGUCUUAACAAUACCUAACAUAGUGAUUUAUUUCUGAGGCAUGUUCAAAGGGAUAUAUUGUCUACUAAACAACAUUAAAGCACUUCUCAAUAUAAGCCUGGCACAAUUUGUGAAUGUAUUUACCAUUCAUUUGUUUGAUAUUGUAACAUUCACAGUCAUAUAUUUGUGGUAAUGGAAGUACUUUUUAUCAUUUGUACAAUUAUAGAUACUCUCAGUUAUAUAGGUUAGUAUUCGGUCUGUGAACAAAACCAUAAAGCCUUUGUCUAUAAGACACAAUGGGGUCACAAAUUAAAUGGGUACCAGAGGUUAAAUGCUUUGAGUGGA